GCGCGAUGCGCGCGGAGGAUGCAAAGGCGCGUCGGAGGGCGGGUGGUGGCGGGCGCAUGGAGGCGGUGGAUGGAUUAGGAAGGGGCCACAAGUGACGGACGUUCCCAGGACGACGGCGUUUGCCGGGAUGGUCGCCAUCUGUGGCGGUGAUCUCGGUCGCCGUCUCGCUUGCCUUGUCCUAAUUUCUUUCUCUUCCCCGCCUCUCUUUCUCUUCGCUGCAUCCGUCUCUCCUUCACCUCACGCUCCUUCUGCGUCGACGACCUCCCCCGUCUCACUAAUUCCUCCUUCAUCCCCCGCAACAAUGUCCAUCCUCGCACGCUCCGUCGUCGCUGCCCUCCUCGCCUUUUCCCUCGUCGCGCACUCGGCAAACGCCCAGCAGUGCGCGCGCACGUACACCGUGCAGGAGGGCGAAGACUGUGACAGCAUCUCCGCCGCCCAGAACGUCUCCACCUACCAGCUCGCGACCGUCAACUCCGGCGAGGUCGACACAGACUGCUCCAACCUCGUCCCCGGCGAGGAGCUCUGUCUCGGCUGGGUGGGCUCCGACUGUACAGACACUUACGUCGUCUCUGACGGAGACGACUGCGACAUUGUCGCGGCACGCUAUGGCAUCAACGUCACGCUUCUAUACGAGAACAACCCCCAGCUGGACGCGAGCUGUGAUAACAUGUAUAUAGGCGAGGUCCUGUGUGUGGCGAGCGCCGUCGAUGUCCCCGUUGCAGGCUCCGGGUCGUCCUCCGCUGUCGUAUCAGCCACCGCUGUGGUACCAUCCUCCGCUGUUGUAACGUCCUCUAUCGAGGUCGCCCAGACCAGCUCCGCCGUGGCCACCUCGUCUUUCGUAACUAUCACCGCAACGGUCAUCGCCACCAGCACCGACUCGGCAGGUAUCACUACCGCGACGACCACCGGCGAUGACGGUGACGAUGGCGAUAGCGGCGACGACGACGACUACCCGUGGUGCGACGAGCUCUAAGCCCGGCACGUCUUGGUAGCCUUGUAGUCAAAAGGACCCAUCGUGCCUGGCAGCUCGCGCGUCCUCCUUUCUUGUCCCGCUCCUGUUCAGGUCUGAUGUUGAUUUUCUCAUUCUUUACCGCUAUACCUUCGUAUACCUUCACACGCGGCGCGGUCCGUACUGUUACCCGUUAUACCCUCGCGGCCUCUUGUUGUUUUGUCGUGUCGGUGCUCGCCGUUUGUCGCUGUCGAAUGGAUUGGAAUGUAGCUCUGUGGGCUCAUCGCGAUUUGCGCUAAUUUCGAAGAAUGGAAUGAUGUUUGGUUCUCGC